AUGUUGAGGAGUUGGGUCUUCGUGGCGGCUCUUUCACUCUCUGUCAUCGUCUCUUUCACAAGCCGCAGAGGUGAUUCGGAAACAGAGAAUGCCUCUGGUGGCUCUAUCUUCUCUUCUUCGUCCAUUACUUUGGAUUCAUCUGGUUCUCAAGGAGUCUUGUUGAACCAGACUCAUACAAAUGCCUUUCUCCAGUACGAUUUCUACAGAGACAAGUGCCCCGAAGCACAGAAUGUCGUGUGGUCCGCGAUGAAGGAAAUCCUCUCGCAACAAAAGAACGCCACGGCACAGCUUCUGCGCCUCUUAUUCCAUGAUUGCUUCAUUGAGGGUUGUGAUGCUUCGGUUCUACUGGAUGACAGCAAUGGAAAUAAGAACCACUCCAUUGAGCGACAAGCCAUUCCCAAUAGGACAUUGAAGGGCUAUAAUUUUAUUGAUACAAUUAAGGAAGAGCUUGAAAACCUGUGUCCAGGGGUGGUAUCUUGUGCCGACAUCAUUGCUCUGGCUACCAGAGAUGGCAUUGUUCUGUCUGGUGGCCCAUUCUAUCCAGUUUUGACAGGCAGACGAGACAGUAACCAGUCAUUCUAUGAGAUGGCCAUGGCUGGGAUUCCACGGCCAGAUGGAAAUAUCACCGAAACACUUCGAGCACAUAACAUAGGUAAAAUUGGUUGUGAAUUCAUUCAGCCUAGACUUGGUAACUUCUUGGGAACAGGACAGCCUGACCCAUCUAUUCCUGUUGAUUUCCUUGAGGAGAUGAGGAUACACUGCCAUGACAUGGGUAACAGUAGUGCCCAAAAUGGAGGCUCUUCAUCCAUGAGAACGAGGGGUAUGAGGGAGUUCACAAUGAGCAUGACGUACUUCCAGGGGCUGUCAUCUUCUAUCUCAUCUGGGGUCGGUUUCGAUACUCAUUACUAUCUGAGUUUGCUGAGAGGAAGAGGGCUCCUCUUUGCUGAUCAACAAUUGAUGGCCAACGAGAUGACAGCACAAGUGGUGAUGGAUUAUGCUUCUGAUGACGGCACAAUCUUUCGCAAGGAUUUUGCUCGGGUCAUGGUGAAAAUGUCAGGCCUUGGAGUUCUAACUGGAUCUAAUGGACAAGUCCGGCUCAAUUGCUCCAUGCCAGUGAGUUCCAAAUAA